AUGGUUACCGAGGAAGAGAUCAAUGAGAUUUCUGAAGACAGUGGGUAUCUUUCAAGCGGUGAAGAAGGGGAAAUCCGUGAACUUGUCUGCGCCCUUCCCGCACUGAAUGUUACUGAGCGUCUUAAUAUGGAGGAAGCAGGCCUCCACAAUGCUGUCGUUGCUGCUGAGUUUGUUAUGGUUGCCUCCGAAGAAGCUCCUGUUUCAAAGGAAAAUAUGCAAACGGUUGAUGCCAUCGACGAUGAUGCCAAGAACACAGCGCUAGGUCGUCGGCCCAGGAUAGAUGAAUUGGAUGAUGCGGCUGGAGCCUCCGGUUCUACAGCGAUCGGGUCGGGCGGAGAAGAUGAACCGGUGAAGAAAGCAAAGAAGAAGGGAUCUUCUCAGUUGCAUGCACCACCUCAAGGUCCUCCUCAAUGUAACAUUUGUGGAAGAAACUUUACUUCUUGGAAGGCUGUAUUUGGCCACUUAAGGGCACACAAGGACCGUGGUUAUCAAGGCUUUCUUCCUCCGCCCACAUUCAAUGCGACCGAGGAAGGAUUUAGUGCGGUCGUUUUGGCUUCUGAUUCUUCCCGUGGUGGAGUGCUUGGUUUUGGCUCUUCAGGGAUUGAUUUGAAUCUUGAUCCGAUGGAAGAAGAAGAGGAAGCUGUAUCGGGAUUUAUUCCAAAGUUUGAUCUCAACAGGUCACCACCACAAGAGGGACAAGAAGAAGAAGAGGAGGAUAAAGCCAAAUGA